UGAAGUUCAGGGGACUCCGCCAGACCGCUUCCUUACUUUCGGAGCCUGCCAUCCACAUCACUCCCCAGAGCUGCCCAUUGGGGAGCAUGGCACUACCAACAAAGUCAAGCAUCUCUGACCUAGGCCUGAAUGCAGAGAACCCUAGCUCCCAGGAGGAGAGUUCCCAGGCUCAGGCGCACUGUGGGAGUCCAGUGGACAAGCAGCUACCAGAGUACAAGGCAGUGGUGGUUGGUGCGAGUGGUGUGGGCAAGAGUGCUCUAGUCAUCCAGCUGAACUACCAGUGCUUCGUGGAGGACCACGACCCCACCAUCCAGGAUUCCUACUGGAAGGAAAUGGCCCUGGGCCGUGGCGGCUGCAUUCUGAACGUGCUGGACACGGCAGGGCAGACCAUUCAUGGCUCCUUGCGUGACCAGUGUGUAGCUAUUAGUGAUGGCAUGCUGGGCGUCUUCGCUCUUGAUGACCCCUCAUCUCUGACCCAGCUGCAGCAGAUGCGGGCCACCUGGGGCUCUCGCCACACCCAGCCCCUCGUCCUUGUGGGCAACAAGUGUGACCUCGUGUCCACCGCUGGAGAUACUCAUGCCGCUGCUGCAGCCCUCGCCCAGAGCUGGGGAGCCCCCUUCGUGGAGACCUCAGCCAAGACACGGCAAGGUGUGGAGGAGGCCUUUUCCCUGCUUGUCCAUGAGAUCCAGAGGGCCCAAGAGGCAAUGGCCGAUGUGAAGAAGGCCCAGCACCAGAAGGCCACAUGCUACUGUGGCUGUUCUGUGGCCUGAAGUUCUUGGUCAAGAAAAGUAAGCCCUCCCCCAGGCCAGGGUGAUGGUUCUCUUGACGAGAGCCCUGGAGCAACUAGUUAGCUGUGUGGGACACUGUUGGUGUACUGGGGAUAGAUGGGUACCUCUCUUGUUUUCAUUUGGUAA